AUGGCGCUACCACAAGGUCCUGUACAGAAGAUCCCGUUUCUUUCAGUCAUCUUGUUUGGCCUCCUGAAUUUCAGCAGUGGAGGUGCCUAUUAUGGCAUGAAGCCAUUGCCUCCACAGAUACCACAGUACCAGCCCCUCGGACAGCAGAUGCAUCAUAUGCCAAUAGGAAAAGAUGGCACACCAUUGGGACACAUGGGAAAGGAGAAGGCUCACAUGCCACACUAUGGAAAAGACAUUCCUCAGAUGCCAAUGUUUGGAAAAGACAUGAUGCCAAGAAAGGAUGGCAAAGAACUUCCAUUAUCUGCCAGAAGAGGAGAACAAGGCCUGCCUGGUGAACCUGGACCAAGAGGACCACCUGGACCUGCUGGCCCACCAGGGCAAGGAUUGCUAGGGCCAAAAGGAAACCCUGGCCUACCUGGCCCACCUGGAUUUCCUGGUAUGGGCAAGCCAGGAAUGCCAGGCAUGCCUGGAAAACCAGGGGGCAUUGGAAUACCAGGUCCAAAGGGAGAUCAAGGACCUAAAGGAGAGUAUGGACAAAAUGGACAGCCAGGACCACAGGGAGCCCCUGGGCCUGCGGGUCUGUCAGGCAUUGGCAAACCAGGUGAACCAGGUUUACCAGGGCUUCCAGGGCCAAAAGGUGAACCAGGAUUUAAAGGACCACCAGGAUAUCCCGGAAUUCCAGGCCCAAAAGGAGAAAAGGGAGUGGGGGUACCUGGACUACCUGGACUCAAAGGCUCCCCUGGGCUGCAGGGACCCCCAGGUCCACCUGGCCUUCCUGGCAUUGGUAAACCAGGUAUGAAUGGCUUCCCUGGACCAAAGGGGCAUCAAGGAAACCCCGGGUUACAAGGUGCACCAGGGCAAGAAGGAUCGGUUGGUCCACCUGGGCUUCAAGGUCCACCAGGAAUUCCAGGUGUUGGAAAACCAGGCCAAGAUGGUCUUCCAGGUGAAAUUGGAUUACCAGGUGUUAAAGGUGAUCAAGGACUUCCAGGUUUACCUGGAGCUCCUGGAUUUCCGGGAAUUGGUAAGCCAGGUUUUCCUGGAAUAAAAGGAGAUCGUGGAUUUGGUGGAGCACCUGGACCCAUGGGGCCAAAAGGUGAAAAAGGUCAUAUAGGUGAACCAGGUAUGGGAGGUCAACCAGGUGAGCCAGGGCCUGCAGGUCUGCCUGGUUCUAUGGGACCACCAGGUGUGACUGGUUUUCCUGGUCCCAAAGGGGAUCGUGGCAAUGUAGGCCCUGAUGGACAACCAGGACCAAAGGGUGAACCAGGAAUUCAGGGGCUUCCAGGGAAACAAGGAUUUCCAGGUGAGGUGGGGCCUCAAGGUCUUAGAGGGUUACCAGGACCAAUAGGCCCAAAAGGAGAACCUGGACACAAAGGUUUAACUGGAUCGCCUGGCCAACCUGGAUUGCCUGGGCCCAAAGGAGAAGCUGGAUUUCCCGGUGAGCUAGGUGUGCAAGGACCAACAGGAAUUCCUGGUCUUGCAGGACCAAGUGGGCCAAUUGGACCUCCAGGACUUCCAGGGCCAAAGGGAGAGCCGGGAGCACCUGGGUCAACUGGUCUACCUGGUGUGGGGAAGAAUGGUUUACCUGGACCCCAGGGUCCUUCAGGAACACCAGGGCCAGUAGGGCCUCCAGGACAGCGUGGAUUGCCAGGUCCUCCAGGGCCACCAGGCACACCCGGACUUCCUGCAGAAAUCCCACCCACACCACCAGGCAUGGGACAGUAUUUACCAAACAUUGGGCCUGCAAUUGAUGGAGCAAAGUCCUAUCAAGGUUACGCAGGAAAGAAGGGAGGCACAGCGCCCAUUCACGAAAUGCCAGCAUUCACAGCUGAACUGACUACUGCCUUCCCUCCAGUUGGAGAACCUAUCAAAUUUGAAAGAUUGCUCUAUAACGGGAGACAAGGUUACAACCCACACACUGGCAUAUUUACUUGUGAAAUUCCUGGUAUCUACUACUUCUCCUACCAUGUCCAUUGCAAAGGAGCCAACGUUUGGGUGGCACUCUAUAAGAACAAUGAACCAUUAAUGUACACAUACGAUGAAUACAAGAAGGGCUACCUAGAUCAAGCUUCAGGCAGUGCAGUGGUCCCACUGAUGCUUGGAGAUAAAGUAUACAUUCAAAUGCCCUCCGAUCAAGCAUCUGGACUCUACGCUGGGCAGUAUGUCCACUCAUCAUUCUCCGGAUAUUUAUUGUAUCCAAUGUGAAUGGCAAUAGUGAUAAAAAAACUUUUAAAUUAAUUUGGCUUUCACUUUUUUUAUAUCAGUAAUAACUGCCUUAAACCCUCUGCUACCAGUGGCAAAAGUGUUGCGAAAUAUGUUCCAGGCCUCUGAGGCGGCAACUAACACAGACCAGCAGAUGGACCAUCCUUUACCCAGGCUUCAUCUUCUAUCCUACUAUGCACAUUAUAUACAGAGUGAGGAGCUUAUUUACAUUGUGAACUGGUGCUGCCUUCUGGAAUAGAAAAAGCGUCUUGGCACAUAUUGCACAUGCAGAUCCUAGCCGACAGCAGUACUAUUUCUUCAAUACCGCAGUUCAAAAUUAUGCUUCAUAGAUUACAGGGAAAACACGGCAUCUGUGAAAUCAGGACUCAUGUUUGAUACAAUUUCCAGACUCAAAAAUGCAUCACCGAAGAAACUGUCAUUAAA